AAUAAAACUGUUUUCUAAAUUGUAAUAUUGUAAUUAUAUUAUGAAAAUCUUUGUUAUUAAAUAAUUUUCGCAUUAUAAUAAGGUCUAAACAUGGAAGCAGUGCCAAAAUUACCGAUGGUCAGCUUUGAGGUGAAAGUGAGUACAGAGAAUACUCAUUUUGGGCCUAAACUUAAACAGUAUAUAGCAGAAGCAUAUAGAGAAGAUCCGGACAGCUAUGGUAAUGAAAUACAUCAGCUAGAAGGCCUGCGGUCGGCUGCAGUACGCCCGACGACUGAUUCAGCUGGUAUAACUGCUCUCGUCAGAUAUUUUUGCCAAUUGCGAGCCAUUCAGAGCAGAUUUCCAAUGGCUAAAGGACAACCUGCGGCCUGUACAUUUGCCUGGAAAGAUCUGUAUGCUGGCAUGUCUUGUCCAUUAGCUGACAUACGUUUUGAAAUGGCAUGCAUUCUACACAAUAUUGGUGCACUUCACACUGAGUUAGCAUUCUGUGAGCCUCGCACAACUGUGGAGAGUUUAAAAACAGCCUGCACUAGAUACCAGAAUGCUGCAUGGGCUUUUCAGCAAGUGAGGGAACAAUAUCCACAACCACCAGGAGUUGAUGUUUCUUCUGAUAUUAUGAGGCUUUUACAGGAAAUAUGUUUUGCUCAGGCUCAGGAAUGUAUCCUAGAAAAAAGCAUUCAAGAUUCAAAGAAGCCUAGUGUUGUUGGUGCUGUUGGAACACAAGUGCUGUUAUUCUACAGAAACUCACUUGCUCUGCUUAACCCCUCAACUGGUGCAGAUAGUAUUCACGAGGUUAUUGGCAGUAAACUAUAUAAUUACUGGCAUCGCUAUCUCUCCUUCAAAUCUUCCUAUAUUGGAUGCAUAGUCUGUUUGUAUCAGGGUAUGAAUGCUGAGGAACAACAGAAAAUGGGAGAACGAGUCGCAUUCUACCAGCUGGCAGUAGAUAAACUGAAUGAAGCUCGAAAACUCGCCAAAUAUGUUGAACCGCCUCAAAUGACUCAGGAAGCAUUGACUUUUACUAAUGACGUGGUUGAGGGGAAACGGAAGGCGGCUAAGAAUGAAAAUGAGUUCAUAUACCAUGAAGAGGUUCCAGAUAAGGAUUUCUUGAUAGAUUUAAAACCAGUGUGUUUAGUGAAAGCUAUGCCAAUCAAUUUUAAUGACCCUGAGAUAUCGGGCCCAGAUAUUUUCUCCCGGUUGGUGCCAAUGGGAGCACACGAGGCUUCCUCCAUGUAUUCCGAAGAAAAGGCGAAACUUCUCAGACAUGUUGUGGGGCAAGCAGAAGUCAAGAACACAGAGCUUAUGGAAUUCAUGUCUUCAUUGCAGCUUGACCAGUUAGAAGUGCUGGAAUCUGACCAAAAGAUACCGCAAGAAAUAGUGGACAGAUGCGCAGCUAUGAAUGCUAAGUCAGAAAUUAUACAAACUCUGGUAGAUUCAAUGAACAAUUUGGCUGAAAUCAUUAGUGAUGUGGAACAAUCUUUGGCAGAUAUCAAAAGUUUUAUACAGGACGAAACAAAGAAAGAGAAAGAGUUCCAGCAAGUGAUGGGCCCUCGUCCGCCGUCUAUCGUCCAAACUGAACUAUCUCGUGAAUACCAUAAGUAUCAAGAGGCUCACACUCGGACCAACGAAAGCAAUCAAGUGCUUCAUAAAGCUAUGACGCUCCACAUUGCUAAUUUGAGACUGCUCGCUCAGCCACUAGAUGCGCUUCAACACAAAAUACCUAGUAUUGAUAAUAUUGAGGGCUUAGAUCGGGAGACGAUGCUGGAGAUGCGACGAGUAGUGGCCAAAGCACGGGAGAUGCAAACACAGAGAGAUUCUCUAAUCCAGCAGCUGAGAGAGGCAAUCACGAACGACGAUAUUACAUCACAACUGCUUGCACGGAGCACCGAGCCCGCUGAUGAGAUAUUCAAACAGGAGUUAGAGAAACACACACCAAAGGUUAAAAUAAUCGAACAGAAUCUAGCAGCUCAAGAGAAUAUAAUUAACAAACUGACGUCUUUAUACGCGUCGUACGGCGACUCGCGGCGUAUGCUUUCCGAUGUAUUAAGGAAGCGAGAGGGGCUCAUUAAUGCUUUAAUAACUUCCUACGAUGCAUACGAAGAGCUUCUAGGCAAGUCGCAGAAAGGUCAGGAAUUCUAUAAGAAACUGUCACACAAUGUGAACCAGCUUCUCACCCGACUGCGCAGCACGUGUCAAGUGCAGCAAGAGGAGCGAGCGCAGCUGCUGGCUAAACAUAGUAGCAAAGAAUCUACCCCCAGUCCCGUGCCGAUAACAUCGAGCGUCGCUAAGACUGUCGAGGUGGUUCCAACACCCACCACUGGCGGUCCCCGCAAACUGAAGGACUAUCUGCCUUACAUGAAGAACAGAACCAUGACCUCCAGAGCCCAAGUUGAUGUCGUGCAACCUGAUACAUACUAUCCUGAAUCUAUAUACCCAACAUCAGUGAGACCGACGCCCGUCGGGUCUGAAGCUACAGACAUACCUCAGGCUCAGCUUUCAGAUGGUGUUGUGGUCCCACAAGAAUUACAAAAUCCAAACAAUCCAUACAACCGAUAUGGCGUACCCUACGCGGCAACUGAAAAUGAUCCUUAUUCCUCACAGUCUAAUUACGGUUAUCCCAUGAAAAUGGGCUAUGAGAAACCCGAAGAAACCCAAUAUGGCUAUAAUACAUCAUACACUCCACCACAGUACUCUUCACAAGGCCUCGAACCUCAAUCACAAUACACAAAUCCCUAUUACUCAGCAACUCAAAACAACACUACUUUAGUAACAGACUCACAAAACUCCAUGGCUUAUAACAGCGUAAGCCAAACAAAUAUGCACUCUAAUGUAAACCAAUACGGUACAUAUAGCGAUCAGUAUAUUCAGCACCAACAAAUGACAGCUAUACCCGAAGCGACAUCAUACACAACUCCGUACAGUCAUAGUCAAGAUUUAAGCGCGAACUUUGCUCAAAUGCAACUGGCUACUCCCAAAUCAGAACCAGUAAAUCAACCAACUAAUUACGGAGCUGACUAUUCACAGACUUACUACAAUGGUCAGUACCCCCAGACGUCUACGCCUAAUGUUGCAACGUACAGCAAUGCUCACAAUUCUAACACGAAUAUGACGGAAUCCCAAAUCCCAGCUGAUUACAGUUCAAUGAACUAUCCAUACAGUACCGAUACUCAAUACCAACCAACUCCAAAUGUAUCCACUGCGUACAGUGCAGAACAGUAUAGCUACCCCAAUUAUAUAAACCCUGAAUAUCCCAUUUAUACAAAUACAGACAGCACUAUGACUUCGACAACUACUACUACAAACAACCCUAUAAGUGUACCGCAGGCGUACAAUAUUCCUGAACAAGAUGGCAAUUAUAUCGACCCAGCAGUCCUCUCGCAAUUAGAUGCUAUAGAUAAGCCAAUAAAAUCGCACGUGACCGGCGAAGCUUUGUCUGCUGUGCAUUUUCAAACAAACUACCAGAAUAUUCCUAACCCAUCUCCCAGUUAUAACCCGACCGUACAAAAUACACAGCCGACUACCUCUUAUCAGUAUGUAGAUCAGUCACAAAACAAUUAUAAUCAGACAUACCAAAACCAUCCAGGUUACAAUUAUAACGCUGCGACAGGCGUAUACGAUUAUAAUUACGGAUCUCAGAACUCCUUCAUGGGGUAUCCAAAUUCAGAGCAAGCCAAUGUAAACUCACAGACGAUAGGGCAGAAUCCAAAUUGGUCUGCACAGGGUGUUUAUACAAGUGCAGGCACGUGCGAGACAGUGCAAUCACCGUCUGCAGAACAAGUGCCCCACACGUCAAUAGAGCCAUCUAGUAAUAAUCAAACUUAUUACAAUGCGCCGUACGGUUAUCAAACUGUUCAACCAAAUGAGACUGUGCCUAACUCUCAGCCUGAGACAACGAAUUAUGGUGCCGAUAUGAACCAGUCGACUUAUAUGCAGUGUGGGCAAGGACAAGACACAAGUGUUACUUUUAGUAAUAAUCAAGUGACUACUCCAAAAGAGGAGAUGACGCAACCUCAGUUUGAUAAUAGCAUCCCCGAAACACCUAUUGUUCCUACGCAAAAAGAAAUUGAAACAAAAAAGGAACCGGAAACGCCAGUAGAAAAGUCAGAACCGUCUGUGUUCGAUCUUCUCUCGGAUAUAGAUUUUGCUGUGGAAUAUAAACCUCUAAUGCCGGAAAUAAAGGUGCCCCAAAUAUCUGAGAGUGCUAUAAAAAAAUCCACUGUGCCAAAGCCACUUCCGGUAGUUGCGCCGCCGCCUAAAGAGGAAGUGUUGGAGCGACCAGCGAAGGUGGAUCUGUUCUCUGACCCGAGUUUACUGAACAAGUUCACCCAGGAGGUUAAGAAUUUACAAAAAUUAGUGGAUUCGUUAACGGAGAAGACAACCACUGGAUUGACGCUUUUGGAUUCUAAGUGGAAGACAUUCCAAGAUGUACAGGCCAAGGAAAAUAUGACUAGAUCGAAAACGAUCGCAAUGCAGCAUUCUAGCGGGAACAUAGUAACAGAUGUAGUGCCUUUUGAUGACUCAAGACUGACCCUCAAAUCUGAUCCAGAUGCUUAUUUCAACGUUUCCUAUUAUAGACAAUUGGCAUCCUGGUGCAUUCCCCUACUAAUUUCUAAAAACCCUGCCGAACAAGAUUGGGAAAUAUUUUGGAGAGCAGUACUGGAGCACAAGAUUGGGUGUAUUGUGUGUUUGCUCAGUGAAAUUGAGGUUCAAGGUAAAUCGUAUUGGCCGACAGCCAGAGGUCAGUCCUUAGACUUACCAGGCGGCCUCAAGGUGACGCUAGAAGAAGUGACGUGCACUGUUCACUGGACGGAGAGGAAACUGACUGUCACACGUGGCAAGACCGCUUUCAAUGUCACACAUUACCAGAUCAACGUAUUUCCUGCUAAGAUCGUGUGUUCGCCCCUGGUGCUGUUGGCGGACAAGAUCCUGAAGCAGACGUUCGACGGGCGGCUCAGUAACCAGGUGGGAGCGGCGUGGCUGCACUGCAGUGCAGGCGCGGGUCGCUCCGCUCUGCUGGCGCUACUCAUUAUGAUCAUGUGUCAAGUGCGAGCCGGGCAGCUCAAUCUAGUCGAUAUGCUGGAUGUGGGAUGCAUCAAUUUAUACAAACACAGAACUAAUAUAUUAGAAGAUACCAAAUAUCUGGCGGACGCUUACAGAACUGCUUUGUUUUAUGUACAAGGAGUGCUUUGUUCUGGCACCGCUAUGUUUAAUGGCGAAGCUGUCUCAGUACCGUCGGGAGCGUCGGUGCUACCGCCAGUGACUCCCACGCCAAAUGUGGCGACGUCUAGCGGCCAAAAGCAGAAGUUCUCGCGAGAAUCAUUUGAGGAGAUGAAGCAGUCACCGGGCCUGAAAAGCGGCGACAUGAAAGACCCUCUUAACUUCCUUGAUCCUCUGUGGAGUUUGAAGAAAAAGUGAGUGCACCAAAUUUCUUGGAUCACUCAAAAAUUAAGGUGAUAUGUUAUAUUUAAGGUAAUUCAUUUGGAUAUACUUCAUGUUUAGUAUUAAUAGUACCUGGUUAUUGUGGUCGCGGAUUAAAAAAAACUGUUUACAUCUGCAAUUAUAUAUUAUACAAUUAAUUUGCUAUAUAAAAAAUUGUGGCGUACUUUAUAGACAAUGUAAAUCUGUUUUGUACCUUAUGCUUAAGGAUAUACGGUAUAUUCUCUUAAUUACAGUGCUCUCCAUAUUAUGAUCCUUAUUGCAUAUGUUUUAGUCUUUAUUGAAUAGAUUAUAAAUAAAUACGAUAAUUCGCCUUAAUACACAUAAGAAAAUAUAUUAUUUAAUUUUAUUGUAUUUAGAGAUCUCAAAUUAUUUAGUACACCAAUAAUAUUUGUUCUAUUUAUAAAAUAAAAAAACACAUGUAAACAAGUUUUUCGGUACUGGUUUGUAUUUGAUACAGUCCGAAAUAGAAUUUUAUUAUCUUCAAUAAUAUUUAAAAUUUUACCAACUAUACUGUACGUUUGUAAAGAAAAAAAAUUAAAACGGAAAUUUUAAUAAAAAGAAAAGAUAAUUUCGUGUAAAAUUUACAAUAUAACUACCAGAUGCAAUCAUGCGCUC